AUGGCCCAUGACCUCAACGAAUCAGGCGUGGGCCCACAGGCCGUAACAUCUGGAGAGGGAUCAGCACCAUCACAGAUAAACGAAACGCGAACACGAGAUGGACCAGAAAAGACAGAUUCAAGAGAUGGCCCAGUACCCAACUCUAGAGAAGAUGCGAUGGACGAAGAUCCUCAAAAUCCCGAAGAUAAUUCAACGCCUGUAAAUCUGACUGGCGCAUUGGAAAAACAAGCGCGGCGGGGCGAGGCAAAUGAUUCAAGUUAUCCUCGACACGAUAGUGCGCCCAAUGACAACAGCAGAUCAAAACCAACCCCUACAGUAGGAGAGUCUGCUAGCAGCUUGUUUGAGAACCCACCGAAUUUAUUACAAAUCCGGAGGCUUCUGUUCGAGUGCAAGGAUCCCAUCGAGAUCAGCCAGGCUGAAUUUGAGACCUACUGGCCAUUCAUUGACAAUGUCUGGGUCAAACAGAGAUCCAAUGCCAGCAAGGAGGGUCAUUGCACUACAGAUUACUACAUGUGUCGACUACGACGCGCCACACAUCGCCCAUCAGAGACACGGCCGCCAUUGCCCGAGGGCAAGCGUACUCGAAAGAAAAGGUCACGAGAAGGUGGCAUAUGUAACUUUCAGAUCAAGGUUGUUCGGUUCGAAGGCGCCUAUUCAGCUGUGAAGAUUUUUAGAACCCCAGGAAGUGAUACUGCUCACACCCACGAUCUCGACUACAGUGAUCGCGUGAAGCGUAACUCGGGAGUUAUGGAGUUUGUGCGCAGGGAGGCUGUGAAAGGAUAUUUACCAUCAUCAAUCUAUGCCAAGUUUCAGGAAGAACCAGAACGGCUUCUUGAAGCUGGAGGUCGCUCCCUCUCCGUGACUGAUGUACGCAACGUUGCUGCCAAAUGGCGUAUACAAAAUCCGGAGGUUCAGCUCGUAGCUCAUGAAGGCUAUCAAUAUCACCAGGGACAUGGGAUUGUCAAGACGAAUUCCGCGAAUGGCACCGAUCAUGAAUCACCACCGAAACCUACGCCUACAAAAUCAUCAUCUCGCUUACCGCCAGAUACACUAUCCUUUCCCCAAUUUCCCUUGGACUUUCUACAGCCAUAUCUACCCAAUGUAGAUAAGUACCACGCUGAAAAACGUACAUAUCCUCAUGUGACCCUAUCAUAUGCAUCAUCAAUGGAUUCAAAAAUCUCUCUACGUGCCGGUAUGCAAACCGUGCUUUCUGGUCCUGAGGCCAAGUUGAUGACCCAUUACCUUCGAUCCCGUCAUGAUGCGAUUCUCAUCGGAGUUGGAACAGUUUUAGCUGAUAAUCCUGGGUUGAACUGCCGAUUAGAAGGCGCUGGAGGCUUUGGUGGGCUAGGACGAAUGUGGCAGCCACGUCCAGUGGUCAUUGAUCCCACAGGGCGAUGGCCCAUUCACCAUGAUGAUCGGAUACUUCGAACUGCAGUGGAAGGAAAAGGUAGAGCUCCAUGGGUUGUUGUCUCACCGGGAGCUCCGCUCAACUCAGAACGGGUUGUACUGCUGAAGGGUUAUGGUGGUGACUUUCUCCGGAUCAUUGAAUAUAACCAAGACUGGCGACUCCGGUGGGAAGCGAUUCUUGGAGCCCUUGCUCAGGAGGGAAUCAAGAGUGUUAUGAUUGAAGGUGGUGGGACAGUCCUCAGCGAGCUACUUAAUCCCGAAUAUACCAACUUGGUUGACUCGAUCAUUGUGACGGUGGCCCCUACGUAUCUGGGUCAUGGAGGAGUCGGGGUCAGUCCUGAGUCAAAGCUGGAUAAUGAGGGUAAUCCAAAUGCAGCCCUAAACCCACGCGAUGUUAAGUGGACUCCAUUGGGGCAAAAUGUUAUCAUGUGUGGUAAAAUUCGGCCAGAAAAUGGUGCCAGUGGUGUUGAUAUUGCGCCUCAAUAA